GCAUAUCCCUUUCCUUAUUGAAUGGCAUCUACAUUUCUUUAAAUAUGGUGAAAGCAUCAUUCUGAAAGAUAUUAAAAUAAAACAACAAAUCUCCAAGAAUUUACUAGUGAAUGAAGUUUUGAACAAUGCCCCAGCUGGACGUCACAAUGUUGUCAUGAGAACAGUUUAUUUUAUGAGGAGGUUACUUACCCACCUUAAUUAAAUAACGAAAUCACUUCAAAAACCUUUCCUGCCAGGGACUCACUCCAGUUGUUAAUAAGAUAAGAACUCGUCACACUGAAUUGACGCCAAAGGAACUUGGACUAGUAAUUUUGGUUAACUUGUUCUUCCAGUUUACAAAGCAUUCAAGAGUGUAAUUACAUCUUUUUAAAAAAGAAUGCAUCAGAUAUAUGUUCCUGCAAUUUUCCUCCUGGCUGCUGUUACAUCCAACCCUGUCACAGCACUUACAAAAAGACCACCUCAAACUCUGUCAAGAGGUUGGGGAGAUGAUUUAAUAUGGGUUCAAACCUAUGAAGAAGGCCUAUAUAAAGCACAGAAAAGCAACAAGCCGUUAAUGAUCAUCCAUCACCUGGAAGUCUGCAAACACUGUAAAGCACUGAAGGAAGCUUUUGCUGCAAGUACAGAAAUCCAGCAGAUGGCUGAUAAAGAUUUCAUCAUGUUAAAUCUUAUGCAUGAAACCAAUGACAAACACCUUGCACCCGAUGGUAAAUAUGUGCCCCGGAUUAUCUUUCUAGAUCCUUCUUUGACUGUGAGAGCAGAUAUUGCAGGAAGGUAUUCAAACCGUCUCUAUACAUACGAGCGUCAAGAUGUUCAACUCUUGAUACAAAACAUGAAGAAAGCAAAACGUUUGUUACCUUCUGAAUUAUAACAAAUAAUAGCAACACUAUUUGUUUUAACCCGAAUAAAAGGAAGCAGGAUUUCUUUGUGCACAAAUUCCAUUUGAGUUAAUAAUCCAUUCUAUUUAAUGCUCAAUAUGCAGAAAGUGUAUAAACUGUUCACAAUGCCUUAAUUUUCAUUAUUUUGAUUCAAAAUAUGUUUUAUUACGUGAUGAUUUAAUUAAUAAACAUUUUAAUGAUCAGAA